GUCAACUUGGUCAUGUCUCCCGCAGUUGCUCUGCCACGUUCCCCGGACCCGUGGUCUCCGGGCACAGACAGCAGCACGUGCGGCGACGCCCCGUCCCCCACAGGCAGCCAAUCGCCUGCGCCGACACUGACCCCGUCGGCCUCCGUCACCGCGUCUACGCUCGUCGCCGACCUCCGCCUGGCCAAUCCGCUCGCCUGUAACUCGGACGCCGCGAGCCAGCCGUCCAAUCAGGGCUGCCCUGCCGAGGCGCCAAACAAGCCGAGCCCGGCGAAACCGUCGCGGAGCUCCAAGAGGGCGCGGGAAGCGCGGCCCAAGGUGCGCAAGCUCAAGUACCACCAGUACGUCCCUCCCGCCGAGCGGCUGGAGCGCGACCGCCCCAACUCGGCGCCGUCGCUCGGACCUCCGCCUCCUCCGCCUCCUCCGCCUCCUCCGCCGCCGCCGCAGGGCGAGUCUCCUGCGGAGGCGGGCGAGUCCGACGGGGCGAGUCCGCCCUACGCGACGCUGCUGCUUCGGCAGCAGCAGCAGCAGCAGCAGCAGCAGCUCCUGCUGCAGAUCCUCAGCCGGCAGGGACUUGCGACAUCAGCGCUCUCCCCCGCGGCCCGCUCGCCGUGCGGGGAGCACGCGAUGCAGGUGGCGGAUGGCAGGAAGGAGAUGGACGUGGCUCACGCUCACAGCCAGAUACACGGACACGCUCAGAGCCAGACACACGGACACGCUCAGAGCCACAUGCUCGGACACGCUCACAGCCAGACACACGGACACGCCCAGAGUCAGACGCACGGGCACGCUCACAGCCAGACACACGGACACGCUCAGAGCCAGACACACGGACACGCUCAGAGCCAGAUGCUCGGACACGCUCAGGGACAGGCACAAGGAUACGUCUCCGGACAGACGCAUGGACACGCGUUCUCGUGCGCGUCCCUCGGAGCCAGCGAGCUCUGUCUCAGCCACCUCCCGCGGAACCUCGACGAACUCAAGGUGGCCGACCUCAAGCAGCUGCUCAAGGUGCGCUCGUUGCCCGUGUCGGGCACCAAGCCCGUGCUGCUCGAGCGCCUGCGGCUCCACCACGACGGCGGGCACGGCGCCGGCACCGCCACGCCAACACCGGCCGCGGCGGCGUCGGCGUCGGCAGCCGCCGUGACGAACACGCCGCCCGAAUCGCCUCUGUCGUCCUCCACCUCGUCUCUCUCCUCCACCUCGUCUCUCUCCUCCUCCUCCUCCUCCUCGUCGUCGCGCGCCCCUCGUCUGUCGUCUCCGCCGCCGACGCUGGCGCCGGCGCCGCCGCCGCCGCAGUGCGGGGUGAGCGAGGGCGACUGGGCGCUGCUGGAGAAGACGCGGAAGAUCGAGGACCUGAAGCGCAUCCUGGAGCGUGAGCGGCGCCAGGCCGAGGAGCUGCGCCUGCAGCUGGCGGCGGGAGGGGGAAGCGCCACCUCCGCCGGCAUCCCGCUCCGGGCGGGGUACGGGGACGGCGCCGCCGCCGCCGCCGCCGCUGCGGGCGGUGGCGGCGGGGGGGGCGCCCCCCCUCCGUUCGGGUUCUUCGGCAACGGCGGUGGUGGCGGGGGAGGGGGCGGUAGCGGCACUGUCCCUCCAGCUGCGGCGUUCUCACCCGGACCGUUCGUGACCGACGCGGCCGCCCUGCCUGGCGCGCGACCGGCCGGUGCCUCCGCCUCUUCCUCCUCCCACAAUCCCUUGCUCCCUUUCCUGCAGCAGCAGCAGCAUCAGCAAGAGCAGCAGCACCAGCAAUCCCAGAAUGCAAUGCAGCAGUUUCAGGGGGGGCAGCACUCCCAUAAUGCAAUGCAGCAGCAGUUUCUAGGGCAGCAUUCCCAGAAUGCCAUGCAGCAGCAGCAGCAUCAACAGCAGCAGUUUCAGGGGCAGCCGACCCAAAAUGCACUGCAGCACCACUCCCAGCAUGCAUUUCAGCACCAGCAUCUUCAGGGGCAGCAGUCCCAGAAUGCACCGCAACCGCAGCAACAGCAGCAAAUUCAAAUGCAGCCGACCCAAAAUGAACUGCCUCAUCACUCCCAGCAUACACUGCAGCAGCUGCAUGGGCAGCACUCCCAGCAUGCACUGCAGCACUGCCGGGCACAUCUGCAGCAGCACAUUCUGCAGCAGCAGCUUCUGAAAAAGAACCGAAUCGCGGGGUCAGCCGAGUGCCUCACCACCACCGCCGCCAACGCCACGACCGUCCUCUCCCCCGGCACCCGCAGAGGCCUCCCUCCCUCGUACGAGGACGCGGUGAAGCACAGUGGCACCUCUCCUCCUCCUCCUCCUCCCUCCUCCUCGUCCUCCUGCUCCUCCUCGCCCCGGGCGUGCCUGCAGACGCAGCAGAUGGAUGAGAUCCUUGACGUCCUCUUCAGCACUGGAGAGUUGAUGUCGGAGAAGGCGUCUUCAACCCCGGCCGAGCAACGUCGUCGUCACGAGCGGCCCCACCGAGACUCGCCGCGCUCCCCUGCGCAACUUCUCACCGCCGAUGCGACCGCCACCACCAUCGCCUCCGGCCACCGCAGCCCGCGGCACCAAGCAGAGAGCCAAUCGGGCGCCGUAGAAGGGUCGGCUGACGGCGGCGGCGGCGACGGCGGCGGCGGCGGCGGCAGCAGAGUCGCCACCACGGCCGCCGACGCUGGCGACUUGGCGGCCACCACCGCUGUCGCCGUCGCCACGACCGCCACCACCACUGCCACGUCCUCCACAGCCGCGAACAAACGGUCCGACUCCGGCUGUGACUUCCCCGAUCAGACGGAUUCGCGGACGGAUGUCACCGACGACAAUGACGGCCGCGCCGCCGUCACCGCCGCCAAGGCGGACGAGGAGGACGACGACGACAUCGUCAGCGGCGGCAGCGCCAGCCUGGAGCUCUUCUGCGACUGGUCCGACUUCUACGACGCGCAGACGUUCCCGGGCCAGGAGCUCGGCGGCCCCUUCUGCCUGGGCGCGGACGGCGCGGCGAUGACGUUGGGCGACCGCGAGGACGACGAGGAGGACGAAGAGGACGACGAGGCGGACGAGGCGGACGAGGCGGCGGCCAAGUUCCGGGGAGGGCGAGCGACGUACGGGGGCCGCCGGGGCUGCAGCCUGGACUGGCUGGAGGCCAUCGCCCUGCUGCCUCCCCCGCACAGCCCCGGCGUCAGCAGCAUCUUCUGCGCCGACUCGCUCGACCUCCACGAGCUCGUGUGACU